AGGAUGGAUAUCGUUGGGCGGAGAUGGGAAAAGUGUAAUUAAAAUUAACAACAUGGUACAAUAGCACAGUACGUGAAAAAGAAACUAGAAGUAGUGGUGUAUGCCUUCUAAAAAACUGUGAUUAGUAACAAGAACAAAUUUAGGCUGCUGUAUAUACGAGUUGCUCGUGCGUCGCAUGUAAAUAGUGGAAAAGUGAAAUAAUGAGCAAGAGGAAACUCACUAUAUUGUAUGGAAGCCAGACAGGAUCAGCUCAAGAUGUUGCAGAAAGGAUAUGGAGGGAAGCACGGAGAUAUCACUUCAUGGGUCCUGUGCGGGCAAUGGAUGAUUAUCCUGUCAGUCAGCUUAUAUAUGAACGAUUAGUGGUUUUUGUUUGUUCAACAACAGGGCAAGGUGAAGAGCCCGAUAAUAUGAAGCAAUUUUGGAAAUUUCUGUUAAGAAAAAAUCUCCCAAAAAAUUCGUUACAGGCUGUAAGAUUUGCUGUUUUGGGCUUAGGUGAUUCUUCAUAUGCCAAAUUCAAUUUUGCUGCAAAGAAACUUUAUCGACGUUUGCUACAACUUGGCGGAAAGAAUAUAGUGAAUCUUGGACUUGCAGAUGAUCAACAUGACUUGGGUGUGGAUGCUGUAGUGGAUCCAUGGCUAAAAGACUUGUGGGCCAAGUUGCUCUCUUUGUUUCCAUUACCCCAAGGUGCAAAACCAUUGGACAGAAGCCAUGUAUAUGCACCAAGAUGGACUGUGACAUGUGUAACAUCACAGCAUUUACAUAAGGGACUGAUGACAAUGAUACAGGGCACAGAAGAUCCAUUCAUCAUAAAGGAAAAUUUGAUCAAAGCUUCUGUUAUUGAAAACCACAGAACAACAUCUGAAUCACACUUUCAGGAUGUGAGACUGCUGCGUCUUUCAACAUCGAUGCUUACAUAUAACCCAGGUGAUGUUUUAAUGGUAACUCCACAUAACUCUGCAGAAAAUGUAAAGAAAUUCUUUGAAUUACUACCGCAGUUUGAUCCAGAUUCUAUUGUAUCGGUAACAGAAAAGAGUCCUGAUGUUCCAGUUCCGAUUCCGCUGAGGAAACCAUUCAGCAUGAAGAAGUGUGUUGAACAGUUUCUGGACCUCAGUGCUAUUCCAAGGCGAUACUUCUUUGAGCUGAUGGCAUUUCUUGCAGAGUUAGAGCUGGAAAAAGAAAAGUUGGAGGAAUUUGCAUCUUCAGAAGGCCAGGAAGACUUAUUUAAUUACUGUAAUCGUCCUCGGAGAACUUUGUUGGAAGUUUUGCAGGACUUUCCCAAUACUUCAUCAAAAAUCCCUCUCGAUUAUUUAUUUGAGCUUUUUACACCUAUUAAAGCGAGAGCAUUUUCUGUAGCUUCUUCACCCCAUGGUCAUCCUAAUGAAGUUCAUAUUCUUGUGGCAGUAGUCAAAUAUCGCACAAAAUUAUUGGCUCCACGUCUGGGCCUUUGCUCCAAUUGGAUUGCAACAUUAAAUUUGAAUCAAAGAAUACCUGUAUGGGUAAAGAAAGGCUCCUUCCAAUUUCCUUCAGACACAUCCAUUCCUGUUAUAAUGAUUGGGCCUGGAACUGGUGUAGCUCCGUUCCGUAGUUUUAUUACAGAGAGAGUGGCACUUGGUGAAGCUGGAGCUGAAAGACUUUACUUAUUCUUUGGCUGUCGCUAUUCGAGACAAGAUUUCCACUGUCAGGAAGAGUGGCUUAACUUUGAACGAAAUGGGCAGCUGUCGCUGUUUGUUGCUUUUUCCAGAGAUCAGGAGGAGAAGAGAUAUGUUCAACAUGUAUUAUGCGAGCAAGCAGAUUUACUGUGGGAUUUGUUAAAUAAGAAGAGUGCAUACAUUUAUGUUGCUGGAAAUUCAAAAAAUAUGCCAGAACAAGUCAGAGAUACUUUUAUUUCACACAUUUGUGGUGGUGCAGGAGAACUUCCGGAGACAAGUGCUACAAAAUUCAUUGAACAACUAGAGAUGAAUGGAAGAUAUCAGACAGAAACCUGGAGCUGAAAGUAUCAAACUGUGGUUGUGUGAACUGCCAAUAUUUUUGUUUUUGUCUAAUUUUCCUUUCUGAUCUUUUUUUGUACUAUGCUUGUUGUACAAUGUGUAUGUUACCUGUUAUUGUGAUAAAUGAAAUGCCUUGCUAAAACAGCUAGUUUUCCAAAGGCCUGGCUUAAAAACUGUUAAAUUUAAGAGCUGUAUUGUUAAUAGUUGCUGUUAUAUAAAGGUGAUUCUCAUACUUAA